AUGGCUGCCUUGCCUUCUCCUACUCAGGUGGCAGGGACCCACAGUUCUAUAUACGAAGCUUAUUAUCACCAAGUAGAUCCAAAUGGCACAGGAGCUAUACAAGCAUUGGAUGCAGCUCGGUUUCUUAAGAAAUCACGUCUCAGUGAUGUUGUACUUAGCAAAAUAUGGGAUCUCUCAGAUCCCAAUGGCAAAGGAUAUUUGGAUAAAGCGGGCCUAUUCGUGGCGCUGAAGCUGGUGGCGCUGGCGCAGGCCGGCAAGGACAUCAACAUGAGCAACAUACAUUCAGAAACGCCACCACCAAAAGUUGGGGAAUUACCCAAAGUGCCGCCGCCGUCCGCCACGCCGGCGACGGCGCCCGCGCUCGCGCCUCUUAGCGACUGGAGCGUGAAGCCGGCCGAGCGCGACAAGUAUAGUCAGCUCUUUGACUCGCUACAGCCCAAUAAUGGACUCAUACCUGGCAAUAAGGUGAAAGGAGUUUUGAUGGAGUCAAAGCUUCCUUUGGAGACGUUGGGCAAGAUAUGGGACCUCGCCGACCAGGACAAAGACGGCAUGCUUGAUAGACACGAGUUUAUUGUUGCAAUGCACCUAGUAUACAAGGCGCUAGAGAAGCACGCAGUCCCGACGACGCUGCCGCCGGAGUUGCGCGCGCGCCCCGCCCGCCCGCCGUCCCGCCCGCCCUCGCGGCCGCCGUCCCGCCCUCCCUCGCGCCCGCCCUCGCCGCAGCCGCGCGCGCCGCCCCCGCGCCCGCAGCCCCCGCCUCAGUCUAAUACGUCGCUGCUUGAGGGAUUGUUGGACCUAUCUAGUCCCCCCGCGCCCGCGCCCCCGCAGUACAUCUCGGUGGCGGAGCGCGCGCAGUUCGACGCGCAGUUCGCGGCCGCCGACACCGACCGCGACGGCUUUGUCAGCGGCCACGAGAUACGCCACGUGCUGCUCGACAGCGGCCUGCCGCAGACCACGCUCGCGCAGAUAUGGGCGCUGUGCGAUACAGAGAGCGUGGGCAAGCUGUCGCGCGACCAGUUCGCGGCGGCUAUGUGGCUGGUGCAGCGCGCGCUGCGCGGCACGCCGCCCCCGCCCGCCCUGCCGCCCGCCCUGCUCGCGCCCGCCCCCGCGCCCGCGCCCGCCCUGCCUCUCGCCGCCCUACCUCCGCCACAGAUGCCGGAGCCAGUGAGCCUGGGCCCGCAGCCCACGCCGGAGAUGGAGGCCAUCGCACGGGAGGUGGACGCGCUCGCGCGCGAGCGCCUCGCCUUGGAGGCUGAGGUGGCGGCGAGGCAGCGCGAGCUCGCCGUCAAGGGCGGCGAGGCCGACAGCUUGCAGAGCGAGCUGGACACAUUAACGGCAACGUUAAAACAGUUAGAAAACCAAAAAGGCGAGGCACAAAAGAGGUUAAACGAUUUAAAAUCACAAGUGGACAAGCUGCGGUCGCAGGUGUCGGCGCAGGAGGCGGCGGCGGCGGAGACGGAGGCGGAGGUGGGCGCGCGGCGCGCGGCGGCCAGCACGCUGCGCGAGCGCGAGCGCGCGCUGCACGACGCGGCGGCGGCGGCGCGCGACGAGGGCGACGCGCUCACCGCCGAGCUCAGCCGGGUGGUGCUGGCCGUCAGCCAGGCAAAGAUCAAGAUCGGUCACCUGGAGGAGCAGGAGCGCGCGGUGGCGGGCGCGCUGGCGGCGCUGGCGGCGGGCGGCGCGGCGGACCUGGCGCUGCGGCCGCUGCACUCGCGCGACCACCUCGAGCGCCUUGUGCGCGGCGCCACGCCCGGCAACGAGGAGGACGAACAGUACGCAAACAAUGAGUUCGGAGCAAUGAACGGUUCUAGCGAUUUCGCCGCGGACCCCUUCAAAGAUAACGCGUUCUCGUCAGUCCCACACAACGACCCCUUCGCACCCGCCACAAAUAACUCUACACAGGAUGCAUUUGGUGGCGACGCGUUUUCGAACCAGGACCCCUUCGCGGGCGACGCCUUCACGCCCGCCGACGCCGCGGCCAAGCCCGCUAACGACGCCGCCUGGGAGGCCGAUCCGUUCGCAGUCCUCCACGCGCCCACCAGGAACUCUGUGAACAACCCGACCAGUGCUGCCAGCAUGAGUGCUAGUGCCAGUGCCGCCAGCGCGGGCGCCAAGCGACACAAAACGCCGCCCCCGCGCCCCGCGCCGCCCCGCCCCAUGCCGCCACAUAAGAACAAACCCGCCCUCGACUUCACCGAAGACCCCUUCAAAGACUACCGAUACGAGGACCCCUUCAACAUCGAAGACCCCUUCGCGGAUGAUGCGAAGAAAAUCGACCCCUUCGCCCGACCCACUUCAGUCGCCGGAUUCGAAACGGAUGACUUUUUUAACGCUUCGGUUGUCAAUGGAAGCUUUUCGAAACCGGAGAGACAAAGUGGAAGGGUCUCAGCUCCACCGGUCGCCUACGAUCCAUUCUCUGCGUCGAAAUCGAAUAAUAACGAAGCUUGGUCCGCUUGGCCCAACGACAACUGGGCCAUGGAAGACGCAUGGACCAAGCCCAAUCAAGAUACAUGGGCCAAUUCCAGCAAAAGUUCUACUAGCGACUGGAAAACAGAUAACUGGGCGAAUAAAACUGAUAAUUGGGCGACCGAUUGGGACUCGAACGCGAACGCAAAUACUAAUAAGAAUACAAACAAAAAUCUAAACGAGACAUGGCCCACGAACACUUUGCCCAGCAAGAAGGAGAAGUCGCCCAAACCAGUAAAAUACGCGAAAUCAUUAGUACACACAAUUGGGGGUAUAGGGAGGUCGAGACAUAACAAGGAUAAGAAAAAGCCGACUGAAGCCAAAAGUACAGAGUUUUUGCCCACUGAAGAGCAGCAGUGGGCGUGGGCCGCGGCUGAGUCCAAGCGUCUCGAAGCUGAGGCUGAAGCUAGAAGGAAGCAAGAAGAUGCAGAACUUCAGCUUGCGCUAGCUAUAUCCAGACAGGAGAAG